AAAAUCGAAGAAAUUCCAUGAAGAAAGAUCGAAUUAAACACCAGAAAAAGGAGGCCAUGGAAGAAAUCAAGAGAAAAUUAGCGGCUUACCUUGCUGAAAAACGAAUCUGUGUAGACAGAUCUGAAGUAGUCUACGAAGGUGAAGAGGAAGAUUUGAAGGAUCAGAUAACACUAGAGGAAUUAGAUCUGGCACCAGCAAAGCUUGAUGAUCUGAAGGCAGAAGUACAAGAUCCCCUCGAGGAGGUAAAUCUGGGUACUGAGACAGAUCCGAAAAUUACUUUUAUUAGCGGUUCUCUUGAGCCAUGUUUGCAUGAUAAAAUUAUCACUAUUUUGCAUGAAUACAAGGAUUGUUUUGCUUGGGACUAUUCUGAAAUGCCAGGUUUGGACAGAAAUCUGGUGGAGCACAAAUUACCAAUUAGACCAGAUUUCAAGCCUUUUAAACAGCCGCCAAAACGAAUGUCUCCAGAAGUCACCUUAAAAGUUAAAGAAGAGAUAGAGCGGUUGUUGAAGGUCGGUUUCAUCAGGACUUCCAGAUAUGUGGAAUGGUUAUCUAAUGUGGUUCUUGUGGUUAAAAAGAAUGGCAAGCUGAGAAUCUGUGUGGACUUCAAAAAUCUAAAUCUGGCAACACCAAAAGAUGAAUAUCCUAUGCCUAUUGUAGAUUUAUUGGUGGACGGUGCAGCACGCCACCGAAUUCUGUCAUUCAUGGAUGGCCACAGUGGGUACAACUAGAUUUUUAUAGCAAAAGAGGACAUUUCAAAGACCGAUUUCUGCUGCCCAGGAGCUAUUGGUACGUAUGAAUGGGUAGUGAUGCCAUUUGGUUUAAAAAAUGUGGGUGCAACUUAUCAAAGAGCCAUGAACGCCAUCUUUCAUGACAUGAUUGGUCGUUUUAUGGAAAUUUAUAUUGAUGAUGUGGUCGUAAAAUCUAAUGAGGAUGAAGAACAUCUGG